UCCCUAAAUUAUUAUAACUUUUUAUACUGUAUUUGAUUCCUACCUUAGUCUCUUGAUACACCCAAAUCCCUUAAACUAGUAGGCAGCCACGGCCAUGGCCAUAGAUAACGCCUUCGAGGUCGACUUCUCUACUUACAGUACCAGCACAACCACCACCACCACUACGUAUGAUGACCCUGCAUGUACCUGGAAUGACUGGGGUUCCCUGGUUGUUGAUUGGGACUUGUUAUCGAGUGACCGUGACGAGUUUCAAGAUCUCAUUGAGUCCAAGAUGGAUGAUGGAACAGAGUUCGCGUUGGCUCGAGUCGAAAACGAGUCAAGUGACUCUGUUUCUGUUUCCAUCUCAACCGAUACGAUGGUUGUAGAUGAUGAAACGAAAGGUGGAGAUUUGAAGGGGUUGAGGUUGGUUCACUUACUGAUGGCUGCUGCCGAGGCGCUCAUGGGGGCUACCAAGAGCCGUGAACUAGCUCGGGUGAUAUUGGUUCGGCUCAAGGAGUUGGUAUCCCCGAUUAAUGGAACCAACAUGGAAAGGUUGGCGGCUUAUUUCAUCGAUGCCUUACAGGGUCUACUCGAAGGCUCCAGAGGUGGACAUUCCAAGCAUUUGAUAACCAAUGGAACUCAUCAUCACCGUGACAAACACCAUCAAUCGGACAUGCUUGCCGCGUUUCAGCUGUUGCAGGACAUGUCACCUUAUGUUAAAUUCGGUCACUUCACCGCCAAUCAAGCAAUCCUGGAAGCAGUGAGUCAUGAGAGGAGGAUCCACAUAGUGGACUACGACAUCAUGGAAGGGAUCCAAUGGGCGUCUUUGAUGCAAUCUUUGGUGUCUAGGAAAGACGGACCACCAACCCCACAUCUUAGAAUCACGGCUUUAUCAAGAGGCAACAACGGCUGUCGAUCAAUUGGGACCAUUCAAGAGACCGGUCGACGGUUAGCCGCUUUUGCAGCCUCUAUUGGGCAGCCUUUUUCUUUCCAUCAAUAUAAGCUAGACUCCGAUGAAACAUUUAGACCGUUGGCUUUGAAGUUAGUACAAGGUGAGGCCUUGAUGAUCAAUUGUAUGUUGCACUCACCCCACUUUAGUCACCGAGCACCCGGUUCGGUCGCUUCAUUUUUAUCCGGCGCCAAGACUCUGAACCCAAGAUUGGUGACCCUGGUGGAAGAAGAAGUAGGACCCAUUGGAGAUGCCGAGUUCAUGGGACGGUUCAUGGACUCAUUGCACCAUUACUCAGCCAUAUUCGACUCAUUAGAAGCCGGGUUCCCUAUGCAGUGCAGGGCUCGAACCUUGGUCGAAAGACUAAUUCUGGGGCCUCGAAUAGGCGGUUCCUUGAACCAGAUUUACCGAACCCGAAACGAAGACAAGAGUGGUCCCUGGUCGGAAUGGUUAAAUUCAGUAGGAUACAAGGCAGUUAACAUCAGCUUUGGUAAUCAUUGUCAAGCAAAGCUUCUGGUGGGAUUAUUCAAUGAUGGAUAUAGAGUGGAGGAACUGGGCAAUAAUAGGCUCGCUUUAGGCUGGAAAUCCAGGCGUUUGCUCUCAGCUUCGAUAUGGACUUCUCCUCCAUACUCUUAUUUGUAAAAAAAGAAAUCAAACAAAUAUGCUGUCGUUUCUUUUGUG